AGAGACGAAAGCGACCGUACCCUUUAUUUGGCUGGUAAUGUCCGAGACUGACAUGACUUGGAGGACUUCUUCAUGGGUACUUGACUUGAGGAUUGGUGGCAUCGUUGCAAGGAAUGUUUCUUCCGGGAAACUGCCUUUGUCUGACUGAUGAUGUUGGAAGAGAUGGUAUAUUUGAAAGACGAGUGCAAGGCAAUAAACAAGUCUAGCGAGUUUUUGGCAUGUGAAGUUGUCAUGAGGGAGGCUUGUAGGGAAGGAGUGGGUUCAAACACACUUGGAGAUGUGUUUAUUGAACGACGUAGCUCCUCGAUUUCGAGGUUCGUAGGAGGCGAUUGUGAAUUUUAUGCAAAGACUCAAGACGCCUCGAGGAUUAGUCGCAAUGGAGUCCAAUUGGCAUCUCACAGGGUCUUUUGGGACUUCAUGUCACCUUCUUUGCACCUGGACGACUACCUUUGUGCACACACGACCAUCUUCACCAUCCAAAAGCACGAACGUUUGAUAGACGAAGUAGUUGUGUUUGAUAACAACAUUCAUCUCAGAGAAUUGGCCGGCGCCGACGGAUUUCCCACAUGGCAAAAACAGCCGGACAGAGCCGAAGCGAACGAUGAGCAAGACAGACGCCACCACCGUCAUCAAGGGACCACCAUCUCAGACAAACCCACUUAGAAACGUCGAGAUUUGGAGUCUCUGAUCUCAAGAAUUGGAAGCACGAAGUAGGCGAAGCAAGAAAAGGCAAAUAAAACUAGGGCGCAGUGCACUUGUUUUGGAAAUGUUGUUCUUGUGUUUACUCGUAGGGAUCAGCGUUAGGAUGGCAAGGAAGAGGUUAGGUAGGGAAAGGAAAAGGCAGCACGGUUGUAUGACUGCUUUCCGAGAUUGUGUGAGUGUCGAUCAGGAGACUGGAGUGCGAGUCGGAGAGCGAGUGCGACUGGGAUGUGGUU